UGUGCAGUGCCCGCUAACGCGGAGGUUAUUACGCGUAAUUACAAGUUUUUGUCUUGCAAAGGUUCAUAACAAGUAGAUUGUGCUGAAAAUUUCCAUGAUUUAAGUUGAAUAUAAUUUGAAUUAGUGCUUUAACACGAUGUCGGGCGACGUUGAUCGGGAAUUAUUCUACCAGCGGGUUAAUGAUACACUCCUAAGCGCGACCGCGCCGAAUACGUUCCUACAAACGGCAGUAAAAUACACAAGACUUAUCGAACAGGUGAAAAACGCGAAAACGAAGGCAAAGAAGACUCCAGCAGACUACCGUAGGAUCAAAAGGUUCGACAUUUUGAACACGCCGGACGGUGAAAGACUCGUUGUGGCUCCAUCUCCCGGACAAAAAAAUCAACAGCUUUUCGUCAAACUAGAGGAGAUUUACGACAUCAUACGCGAAUACCACUUGAGAAUGAACCACGCAGGGAGAUCGCGAUUGAUGACUGCAAUAAAGUUAAAGUACAGAAACAUUACGACUUCAAUCGUCAUGCUUUAUUUGUCGCUUUGUGAAGGGUGCAAAACUAAAGUGAUCCGUCGAAGCAAGAUCCCACGAACUGAUAAACAAGAGUCACAAGAAGUGUUUGACCCCUCGCAAGUAGGACAUAGUUUUAAAGUAGAGUUAAAAAUUGAUCCCUUGAGAACUAGUGGAACUAGCACCAGAGAUGACGUGUCAGAUUGUGAUUUAGAAGAAAGCUUUGACGAAGACGACAAGGUGUAUCCAGAACUGUACUCGCGCGGCCAAAUGGACAUAUUAGACGUUACAGUGGCGAAAAAUGAAAGCUAUAAAUAUCUGAUGGUCUACAGAAACCUUGUUACAAACUACAUUCAUUUGAAGCCUUUAAAAACUAUUAAUGUCGACGAGACGGUUGAAGCUCUUUUGGAAAUAUUCCUAGUAUUCGGCGCGCCUAACGUUUUACAAUCAAAAAAUGGAAUAUCUGUAACGAAACAAAUCUGUCGACGAAUGUAUACCGCUUUCCCUGAAAUAAAAGUGGUUAGUGCUGACAAUAAGCAGGAAAUAACCAGUUUCAAAGGCCAGAAUAAUGAGCAUAUACUGAGAAUGAUAGGUGAUUGGCUGAAGGAGAAUAGUUCGAUGAAAUGGUAUCAAGGAGUUAAGUAUGUCCAAUACAUUUUGAACAGUACGUUUAAUAUAAAACUCCGGAGAACACCCAGUGAGGCAAUUUUUGGUUAUAAUCCAAGAAGAGGUGUCGCAACAUUCAUGACGAGGGUUGAAUAUGACCAUCUUCACACCGAAACUGAUUUAAAAAUAGCUCUCAAAGAGAAAGAGUCAGGAAAAAAUCCUGAGCAGUUAAUGUUGGAAGAAUCUCUGAUUCCAUCUUGUAGCUUUAUCAAAUCUGAGCCGGGUAAUGUUCACAAUAGCCUCGAUGACGAAACAAUGGAUGAUGACUAUGAACCAGAACUCUCAGAAUAAAGUUGUUACCUCAAAAUUAAUUUUAACUAAGUUUAAAU